CCACGAUUCCCAAUUUCCAAAUGCCGAUAGUGGUCACCACUCUCCCCGAGAUUUGCAUGGGCUCUAUCGACUGAUUCAUAUAUGGCGCAAUGGCUGUGAUCCAUCCAUCCACGACGAUCCCAGACGUUGUACCGGCUCAAAGGUCAGUGCCGAAACGAUUUUGUUUCCAAUUUUAAGGUUUCGUUUGCGGGGAAGUGAUAGUGAUAGAGUGCCAACCACACUGGCCAACACAGCGACGCCAGUCUUCGAUUUGGGCAGAGAGCAAUCUGCUGUUGUGAGCCACUGUCAGUUGCAGAAACUUUGGUCAACUUGUUGCGCAGUUUUGCUGCUCAGUGUAGCGGGUGCACUUAUCGAACCGCUGUGCGCCGCUAUCGUCUAUCGAUAAACACGACCGAUACAAAUCCAUCCGAUUGCGUUCAUUGUUUGUACACUUUGCAGUAUUAGCAUUAGCGUAGGAUUAAACGCAUAUUAGUUAAAUACCGUGAGAUUAUUAAGGCGAACUGCCAUUAGCACAGCCAUUGCCAUUGCCACUGCCACUGGGGAUUGGAUAAGCGAGAGGGGGAGAAGGAGACUCGGGUGAAAUCAAGUGAAAUCAAUUGCACAUAGAGUGCAGCUGAAGAUACAGAUACAGAUAGAGGCCAAGGAUGAGCAACUACCGUUAUCAGGGUGGUGGCAUCGGGGGCGUUGGCGUUGCCGGUGGGCGUGGCUACAGCGGCAUCGAGGUGCACGAGGUGAUGCAUCCGCACCACUUCACAUACGUGAGCCAGUGCGUCAAGUACAUGAUCUUCCUGCUGAACUUCGUGUUCUGGCUAUUUGGCGGUCUCCUCCUGGGCAUUGGUGUCUACGCCUUCAAGGACAAGUGGGAGGAGGCCAAUGGGUCGGUGCGGCUGGAGAAUUUCUACGAUGUAAUCCUCAACAUCUCACUGGUAAUGAUACUGGCCGGCAUGGUCAUCUUUCUGGUCAGCUUCUCUGGCUGCUUGGGCGCCUUGCGUGAGAACACCUUCCUGCUGAAGUUCUACUCCAUGUGCCUGCUGCUCUUCUUCUUGCUGGAGAUGGCCAUCGCCAUCAUCUGCUUCGUUUGCCCGCAGUACAUGAACACCUUCCUGGAAAAGCAGUUCACGGACAAGAUUAUCCACUCGUACCGCGACGAUCCCGACUUGCAGAACUUCAUUGACUUUGCCCAACAGGAGUUCAAGUGCUGUGGCCUCAGUAAUUCGGGCUACCAGGACUGGAGCAAAAACGAGUACUUCAACUGCAGCUCGCCGUCCGUGGAGAAGUGUGGAGUGCCCUACAGUUGCUGCAUCAAUGCCACCGAUAUAUCCUCCGGCCUGGUGAACAUCAUGUGCGGCUACAGCGUCCAAGAGGCGCCGGUUCCGGAGGCCAGGAAACGCAUUUGGACCAGCGGCUGCAUAGAGAUCGUUAGAGUUUGGGCCGAGCACAAUCUGUACGUAAUUGCCGGCAACGCACUGGGCAUCGCUCUCAUCCAACUGCUGGUCAUCUACUUGGCCAAGACGCUGGAGGGACAAAUCGAGCUGCAAAAGUCGCGUUGGCUGGCGUGAGAUCCGGGACAGCCCGAGUUCUACGGGCCCUACAACCACACCUGAACCGCAACCACACACUCAGAAUCCCUCGGUUUGCACGUCACUCGGACGGAGCGGACGGGCUGGUAGAAAUGAAAAGUCAGAGAACGUAAUGGAACUUAAACCCAGUAGUAAGCAGAAUAUUAUAAAUAUGUAGACGUAAGCUCGAAUAGUUAUAUGAUAGUCUUAAUGUAAGUGUGAGACUUAUUUUUUCCCAUUCCCCCUAUUUGACUGAGAUACAAAAACCCGUAAGACUUACUGAAGCAUUUUUCACGGUGCAAUACUUCUUUUUGAGUCCCUUUUUUAAAAGCCUAGGACACGAUUUAAGUGCUUCAUUGCCUAUAUUCUUCCAAUAUUUUGCGGAAGCUUUAUUUUUGAACCCAAAGUAUUAUUUUCCUUUCUUCCACUUUUGUUGCAAUCCACUGACUGGCUGUAUAUACUCGUACAUAGAUUUGUAAACUCAUCUCAAAGCAAAUAAUUUUUCCCAUCUCACACCGCCAUAUGUACAUUAUGUUUAGCUAGUGCAUUAGUUGCUAAAAAUCUCGAUGCAUUUAUUUAUAUGUACGUUAUUUGUAGGGAAGAGCAACCAACAAGACGCACAAAUCUUGUAUAUCUAUUAAUCAAACAAUUUCUGAAUGUAUUAUUAAUCUAGAGCCCUAGUACUGUAGAUCUAUGAAAAUAAAACACAAAGUAAUUCAAGAAA